UGUGGUCAGCUGAGCGGCGCCGGGCGGGUCGCGAGGCCGAGCGUAAGCCCCCCAGCCCCGCCGCUCCGGUCCCGCCCUUGGCCCAUCUCCCAGCCGGCGUCCACAUCCGGGCCGGGAGCUCUCCUCCAGGGCCACGAUGCCUAGGGGUCAGUGACAUCGAGAGAAGCCGAUCGCCGGCGGCCGGAACUUCUGCCAUGUCCCACCAACCUCUCAGCUGCCUGACUGAAAAGGGGGACAGUCCCAUUGAGACCACAGGAAAUGGACCCCCCAUUCUGGCUCACCCCAGCCUGGAUACAUUCACCCCAGAGGAGCUGCUGCAGCAGAUGAAGGAGCUCCUGGUUGAGAACCACCAGCUGAAAGAAGCCAUGAAGCUAAAUAAUCAAGCUAUGAAAGGGCGAUUUGAGGAACUCUCAGCCUGGACAGAGAAACAGAAGGAAGAACGCCAGUUUUUUGAGAUACAAAGCAAAGAAGCCAAAGAGCGCCUGAUGGCCUUGAGUCAUGAAAAUGAAAAAUUGAAGGAAGAACUUGGAAAACUAAAAGGGAAAUCAGAAAGAUCACUUGAGGACCCCACUGGUGACUCUAGGGUUCCCAAGGUGGUAGCAGAGCAGGAAGUGGAACAGCUGAAGACCCAAGUGGCACGCCUUCAGGCUGAAAAGGCAGACCUGCUGGGCAUCGUGUCUGAAUUACAGCUCAAGCUGACUGCCAGCGGCUCCUCAGAAGACUCCUUUGUUGAAAUCAAAAUGGCUGAAGGAGAAGCAGAUGGAACAUUAAAAGAAAUCAAGAAUAGUCUUGAGCCUACAAGAACAGACUCCAUUGACAUGAGCAAAUCUGCCAAAGAUGCCAAGAAUUAUUUGGAAUUUGAAGAAUUAACUGUGAGCCAGCUCCUACUUUGCCUAAGGGAAGGAAACCAGAAGGUGGAGAGACUUGAAAUUGCUCUCAAAGAAGCCAAAGAAAGAAUUUCAGAUUUUGAAAAGAAAGCAAAUGAUCGUUCUGAAGUUGAGACCCAGACAGAGGGCAGCACAGAAAAAGAGAAUGAAGAGGAGAAAGACACAGAGACUGUUGGAAGCGAAGUGGAAAUGUUGAACCUUCAGGUGACAUCACUGUUUAAGGAGCUUCAAGAGGCUCAUACAAAAUUGAGUGAAGCCGAGCUGAUGAAGAAGAGACUUCAAGAAAAAUGCCAGGCCCUUGAAAGGAAAAAUUCUGCAACCCCAGCAGAGCUGAAUGAAAAGCAAGAGCUCGUUUAUAAUAACAAGAAGCUAGAGCUGCAAGUGGAAAGCAUGCGAUCAGAAAUCAAAAUGGAGCAAGCUAAAACAGAGGAUGGAAAGUCCAAGUUAGCCAUUCUACAGUCAACCCACAACAAGCUUCUUCAAGAACAUAAUAAUGCAUUGAAAACAAUUGAGGAACUAAUAAGGAAAGAGUCAGAAAAAGUGGACAGGGCAGUGCUGCAGGAACUAAAUGCAAAACUGGAAAUGGCAGAGAGGGCACUGGCUUCCAAGCAGCUUCAAAUGGAUGAAAUGAAACAGACCAUUGCCAAGCAGGAGGAGGAUCUGGAAACCAUGGGUGUCCUUAGGACUCAGAUGGAGGUUUAUUGUUCUGAUUUUCAUGCUGAAAGAGCAGCGAGAGAGAAGAUUCAUGAAGAAAAGGAGCAACUGGCAUUGCAGCUGGCAAUUUUGCUAAAAGAGAACGACGCUUUUGAAGAUGGAGGCAGUAGGCAAUCCUUGAUGGAAAUGCAGAGCCGGCAUGGGGCAAGAACAAGUGACCCAGACCAGCAGGCUUACCUUAUCCAAAGAGGAGCUGAGGAUAGGAACUGGAGGCAACAGCAACCACAGAGUAUUCCAAUUCAUUCCUGUCCCAAGUGUGGAGAAGUUCUGCCUGACAUAGAUACAUUACAGAUUCAUGUGAUGGACUGCAUCAUUUAAGUGUUGAUGUUUCACCUUCCCCCAAACUGUUGGUAAAUGUCAGCUUUUUCCUCCAAGACUUGUACUUUUGUCUUAUUUUUUUCUGUCAAAUAUUUUGCCUCAUUAUGCUUGUUUUAGGAGGAAAAAAAAGAUGUAUCAAUUCUAAGAGAACACUUUGUGGAUUUCCAUGAGCUCACAAAAUGGAAUCCUUAACCACUGCCCUUCUGAUAAUAAAUUCAGUAGUUUUUA